UAAGUGUCGUACUCAGUCCGUCGUUGUAAGCGAACCCAGAUACAUGGAUACACAAGGAAAAAUCAAAAUGUUAUUUUUGUUUAGUGUUAUAUUACUGUUAAGUGGCGUGAAAUCUCAGACUCUGUAUGCAGGGGACAGGUGCACGUUCAAGACGGGCGCGCAGGGAGUGUGUAAGAACAUGAAGGACUGCACCUCCGCGCUGCUCUCCAUACAAAAGUACAAGGUUUUCCCUCCGAUAUGUUCGUAUCAAGGCACGGACCCUGUGGUGUGCUGCGAGAUCCCGGGCCAGUCGGCACCCACCACCACCACCACCACCACUACUACCACUACCACAACGCAAGCUCCCCUGCCAUGGUCGGACACCAACGACAUUUCCACGGAGGAGGACGGGUGCGAGUCUCUGCCGGCGGACCUCACCCCCCCCAGAACCAGCAGCAAGUCCUGGAACAAGUGCAUAGAGUACCAACUGAAGUACAUAUACCCGUGCGAGCCGACUGAGUCGCUAGCGGGCGACUACGGCCGAAAGAACAAGUGCCACCACCACGCGAACGACCUCGUCGUCGGCGGCGUCGACGCCUCGGAGGCGGAGUUCCCGCACAUGGCGCUGCUCGGUUUCGGUGAGAGCAUAAACGACACGCAGUGGCUGUGCGCCGGCACCAUCAUCAGCGAGAAAUUCAUCCUCACCGCCGGACACUGUACAUACGCCAGUCGCUUGAAGGAAGUGAAAUACGCCAAAGUGGGCAUACUACGACGCUCCGAUCCCGAUCAGGGCAAGGUGUACAAGAUCAAGAACAUCAUCAAACACCCGCAGUACAAUUCCCCCAACAGAUACCACGACAUCGCGCUGCUCGAGACAGAGCGAGAAAUAGCGCUGAGUGACCAGGUGCUACCAGCAUGUCUGGACGUGAACACUCCUAACGACUACAGCCGGGCGCUGGCCACGGGCUGGGGCGCCACCCUCAACAGGGGCUCCACUGCUGACCACUUGCAGAAGGUCAUAAUCAACAAGUUUUCAACACUGGAGUGCGUCAUCAGCUUCCCGCCGCACCGUCUGAUGAAACAGGGCUUCGACCCCAACACUCAGAUCUGCUACGGCGACAAAGAUCAAUCCAAAGACACCUGUCAGGGCGACAGCGGCGGGCCGCUGCAACUCAAGAGCAAGGAGAUAGACUGCAUGUACGUGGUGGUGGGCGUGACGUCGUUCGGGCGCGCGUGCGGCGUCAAGGGCGAGCCGGGCAUCUACACGCGCGUCGCCAACUACGUGCCGUGGAUAGAGGAGGUCGUGUGGAAGUGAGAUGAAUAUACUUUGUGAGGAUA